CGUUCACCAAGAUGAUCACGAUAAACGGACAAGAAUACCACCUGCAGUUGGUAGACACAGCGGGACAGGAUGAGUACUCUAUAUUUCCUCAGACCUAUUCCAUAGAUAUCAAUGGAUACAUCCUGGUCUACUCUGUCACAUCUAAUAAAAGUUUCGAAGUAGUUCAGGUUAUCCAUGAAAAACUUCUGGAUAUGGUGGGGAAAGCUCAAGUACCUAUUAUAUUGGUGGGGAAUAAGAAUGACCUGCACAUGGAACGGGUGAUCAGCUGUGAGGAAGGGAAGGCCCUAGCAGACUCCUGGAACGCUGCCUUCAUGGAGUCCUCAGCUAAGGAGAACCAG